AUGGCGCUGAAAGCGGAGCAACCUGUCAAUCUGAUAGCCGUGCUUCAGUCUGUCACACUUCAUGCGAAGGACACCCUUCAAGAGGUCUACUUAUCGUUGGACUUCAGCGAGAAGGAAGCGAAAAACAUUGAUUGGAAGCGCGUUCUUGUCAUGCUCCAGGAAUGCAAGGAGCUGGUGGUGUUGCACAUAUUCCUGUGGGAGAGCAGGUGGCACAGCCCUGCCGUCAUCCUGAAUCGCUUGGGUUUAACAAAGCCCUUUGCAAAUCUUCGAGAUCUGUCUUUGUUUGGGUUUGCUAUUCCGAACACUGAGAUUGCUUCUUUCUUCGAGUCCUUCUCCAGUCUCAAGACAUUAGAACUUCACCAUCUUGAGGGUCAGGACUAUGAGCUGAGCUCUGUGAUUGAAGCCGUUGCAUGGGGUAGUCAAAUAGUCGGUCUGGGCGUCAAGAGCACGGUGGUGCCGAGAAGCUUGGAGUUAGUAGUGGGUCUCCUGGAUAGCAAGAGCAGUGACGUCAGCGAGAAGGCUUUGGAUAUGCUUGCAGAACUCUUAUACGAAGGGAAUUCUGAGGAAGAAAUAAAAGUUGCCAUCGGCAGAGUUCCAGGGUGCUUGCAAAAGCUGGUAGGUCUUCUCGAAAAGCAAGAGGAAUCAGCACAGGGAGGACUUGCUCUCAUCAUCCUUGACAAUCUAGCGAUGCAGCGGCAAAAUUGCAUACCAAUAGCGUCUUGUCCCAGGAGCCUGCAGUGGUUGCUUGCGUUCUUUGGAAGUGAGUGCAAGACCGUGCGAUGGACAGCCGCAUCCACUUUGGGGAGUCUGGCAGAUGAGUACAGAGUCAACGAGCUUGCGGUCCAGCUGGCUCCUGCCAUCCUGCAGGGACUUGUGAAUCUCCUGGAUGAUGAAAGGUGCUUUGAAGGGUUGGUGAAUCUGUUAGGCAGUUCAAGCAUCGCAACUCGGGAAAAAGCGGCAUGGGCGUUGAGCACCCUGGCAGAAGACAGCAGAUCGGCCGAAAGCAUCACAGCGGUGCCUGGAUUUUGGCAGAAGGCCGUGAAGUGCUUGGAUCCAAAAGAGGGUGCUGGUUCAGAGUGGACUCAAGACAUGCAAGAGGAUGUGAUUAUCUUGCUUAGGUACGUCAAGGCUGAGGCCGGGGUGAUGGAGGCGAUCGCCUCUAUUCCUGGUUCCUUGCAGGAGGCUCCAUUGAAGUGGCUAACUGUCAAGCAGAUAGUGCAGCAAGUAAACAGAACCAGUGUGAUUAGUUGGUCGACGCUGCGCCCCGCAAUCUCGUCCGAGUCCCUGGCUGUCAAUAAGUGGCUUUAA